AUGUUGACUUCAGUAUCUUUUGCUGGGAAUUAGUACAUGUGUAUUUGUGAGCAGAAUAUAUCAUUCUACUGAAAGGCAGUACAAGAGACUUUAACUGCAAUUUGUCACAUCUGAAAUCUCAAGAUUUUUGCAGACGUCUCCUCAGGGCUUCUCUCAGUGUUGAACCAAGCUAGCUCACUCUCAGCUAGAUCUACUGCAUAAAUAAAUAAUGCAGGGACUGGGGGAGGAAUGGAAGGCAUCUGGCAGUGGUGAGGUGCAGGUAACGCAAUCGGAACCACCUGGUGCAAGGACGAGAGACUCUCCCUGCGUCUUCACCUUUGAUCAUCCGAUGACUAUGAAUACAGACACUACUACUGUUCCAAGUCAACCAGCAUUCAGACAAAACUUACCAUUUAUUCCUAAUCAAAGUUUUACGCCCACUCACAGGUCACUUCAUCCUUAUAAUCCCUCUCCCUGGAAUUCCCCACCUCAACCUAUGUUCCAGCCACAUCUACCAAUGAGCAAUGUCGUCACUCGGUUCUCACCUCCAAGUCCGAUAGGAACAUUUGGCGACCAUAUGUACCAGAUCCAACGUGUCCAUUUGUCGAAUAUGCAGCUCGAGAGAUUUCCCCCUCCUCGGCAGAACUGCCCCCCUCACCACAUGGUAGCUCGACCCCCUUUAUGGAUCAACCCUCAAACAGCGCCGUAUCAUCCUAGAGAAGCAAUGCCUCGACCAGAGCAUAUCACUCCAUCUGUAAUGCAUGGACAACAACUAGAUCGGGCUUCAUCCGUUCAAACGUUGCGUACGUAUUAUCAAGAUCCUACCGGACAAACCCCAAUUAACGAACAUCCUUGGAGGCAACUAAACUAUAACAGAAGCAAUAUUGUCAGACCAGUUCCAGUAUAUGCCAAUACACUGGUUAGUCAUGGUAACGAAGUCAGUAGACCAUCUAGCAGUGGUGUUCAAAGUCAAAGUUCACAGCAACCAAGUUCCUCCUCACACACUGAAGCCUGGAGCAAACCACCAGCCCAAGAGAAAACCUCCACUGUGCAAAGAGAGGCCGUACCCAAACAUAGCAAGAAAUGUUCUCGGAUUGACGAAGAAAUUAGUACAAAACUGGAGAAGAGCUUUAAGCAAAACAGAUCCCCAUCACAGGAAGAGAUGUCCGAAAUGUCUGAAUUGUAUAACCUCACUAAAGGUGCGGUACGAACCUGGUUUAGUGGUCGUCGGCAGAAGCAGAAGAAGACGGAGAGAGAACAGGCAAUACAAGCCCUCAACAGAGAGCGACCAAAAGUACCCUCAGAAAUGUACGACAUUACUGUUGAAGUACCAUCCAUCAACCCACGAGACAGAGGAUCAGUGGUUCAUCAGGACUACAGCGAAAAUGACUGAAAUCUGUGUGUUCAAAUCAAUGGACAAUUCUCAAGUAUCUUAUUCAUAAUUAUUAUUUGCCCAUAGGGGGCAUUCAUCCAUCAUCCAUCAUCCAUCAUA